AUGCUUUAUCCAAUAGUAGCAAUUAAUAUUAAUAAUGAAUUUUUUGCAAUCUCCUUAUUAUUCUUCUAUGCUAUUCAAGCACAACUUGUUAAUGAAGAUUAUUUAACGUCCACGUUAUUAUCAUGUUUUGUUAAUGCACGACUUGGUGAUGAUGAAGUUUAUCUGUUAUUAAAUCGUCCCUGUGAACUUUUUUUACCGAUCGAAGUGUUGAUUUCCCCUAGUACUAGAAACAACAAAAAAAAACAAAAACCACAGAAUGUUUAUAUGUUGUAUCGAAGAAAUAAAAAUAAAUCUUUUAAGGAGCGAAAGGACCAAGGAAAGGUUUCGGGUAUAACUGGAGAAUCUUGGGAUGAUGAAUCGCACGAAGUAAGAAAAUACUUUGGAAUAUUACAGAAACUGGCUGCUGAGAAAUUUAAAAUGUAUCUUCGUAAAAUUUCGGGAGAUCAACAAACACCAAAUGAAUUUAAUAAUAACCAUUAUUCAAUUGCAUUACAUUAUCUGCCUUACACAAAAGACGCGUCGCCUUUUCCUCCUCCAUGUUCAACUCCGUAUAAUGAAGCUACUCAAGUCGAUCCUAUUACUGAAAAUGCAACUCCAGUAUUACAAACAAAUUUAUCGGAUAACUUUGAACCUCGUUAUGUGAUUGAUGGUUGUAGCAAUAUUCCACAAGAAUUUUUACAAGUUCAAGAAAAUAAAUUAUUUCAACAAGAUAUAGAAACGCAACUUGAGAUUGAUUUACAUCAUGGAAUUCACGCAAGAGAUUGGUGGUGGUGCUGUAUCCAAGUUAUAUCAAAAGAUUAA